AUGGGGUUGUCAGCUUUGCAGGGAGUUUUUUCACUUGUUUUCCUGCUCUUGUUUGUUGUUAUGUCUCAUUCUUCACCUGAUGUUGCUUCUAAUUCUACUCAAGAAGCACUAGCUCUUCUCAAAUGGAAAGCCAGCCUUCAAAACCACAAAAAUUCUCUUCUGUCAUCAUGGACUCUUUCUUCUGUCAAUGCCACAAACACUUCUACCCACCUCAAAACCAAGAUGAGUCCAUGUACUUGGUUUGGAAUCUCUUGCAAUCGUGUUGGAAGUAUCACAAGUAUUAACUUGACCAGUGCAAGUCUAAAAGGUACACUUCAUGAACUAUCUUUCUCAUUAUUUCCCAAUCUUGUACAACUUGAUCUAAGCAUGAAUGAGCUUUUUGGUGUCAUCCCUCCUCAAAUCAGUCACCUAAAAAAUAUGGAGGUCCUUUACCUCCAAUUUAAUAAGUUAUCUGGCUCCAUUCCUAAAGAAAUAGGCAACUUGAACUCCCUAACAGAUUUAGUUUUGGGAGAAAAUCAAUUGAGUGACUCUAUCCCUCCUUCCAUUGGAAACCUGAGUAACUUAAAAGCUUUAUACCUCGACACCAACAACCUUUCUGGUGUCAUUCCUGAGGAAAUAGGCAACUUGAAGUUUAUUUCGAAACUAGAUUUAAGUGAAAACCAACUGAGUGGUCCUAUUCCUUAUUCCAUUGGAAACCUAACCAAUUUGAAAGUUUUAUACCUUGAUAGCAACAACCUUUCUGGCACCAUUCUUGAGGCAAUAGGCAACUUAAAGUUCAUUUCAGAUCUAGAGUUGAGUACAAAUCAACUGAGUGGUCUUAUUCCUCAUUCCAUUGGAAACUUGAGCAAUUUGAAAGUUUUAGACCUUCAUAGCAACAACCUCUCUGGCACCAUUCCUGAGGCAAUAGGCAACUUAAAGUUCAUUUCAGAUCUAGAGUUGAGUGCAAAUCAACUGAGUGGUCUUAUUCCUCAUUCUAUUGGAAACUUGAGCAAUUUGAAAGUUUUAUACCUUCAUAGCAACAACCUCUCUGGCACCAUUCCUGAGGCAAUAGGCAACUUAAAGUUCAUUUCAGAUCUAGAGUUGAGUACAAAUCAACUGAGUGGUCCUAUUCCUCAUUCCAUUGGAAACUUGAGCAAUUUGAAAGUUUUAUACCUUCAUAGCAACAACCUCUCUGGCACCAUUCCUGAGGCAAUAGGCAACUUAAAGUUCAUUUCAGAUCUAGCGUUGAGUAUAAAUCAACUGAGUGGUCUUAUUCCUCAUUCCAUUGGAAACCUGACCAAUUUGAAAGUUUUAUACCUUCAUAGCAACAACCUCUAUGGCACCAUUCCUAAGGUAAUAGGCAACUUAAAGUUCAUUUCAGAUCUAGCAUUGAAUAUCAAUCAAUUGAGUGGGUCUAUUCCUCAUUCCAUUGGAAACCUGAGCAAUUUGAAAGUUUUAUUUUUUCACAGCAACAACCUUUCUGGCACCAUUCCUGAGGCAAUAGGCAACUUAAAGUUCAUUUCAGAUCUAGAGUUGAGUACAAAUCAACUGAGUGGUCCUAUUCCUCAUUCCAUUGGAAACUUGAGCAAUUUGAAAGUUUUAUACCUUCAUAGAAACAACCUCUCUGGCACCAUUCCUGAGGCAAUAGGCAACUUAAAGUUCAUUUCAGAUCUAGAGUUGAGUACAAAUCAACUGAGUGGUCAUAUUCCUCAUUCCAUUGGAAACUUGAGCAAUUUGAAAGUUUUAUACCUUCAUAGCAACAACCUCUCUGGCACCAUUCCUGAGGCAAUAGGCAACUUAAAGUUCAUUUCAGAUCUAGUUUUGAGUACAAACCAACUGAGUGGUCUUAUUCCUCACUCCAUUGGAAACUUGAGUAAUUUGAAAUUUUUAUAUCUUCAUACCAAUAACCUUUCUGGAAUCAUUCCAUAUGAAGUUGGAAAUCUCUUUAAGUUGGUUGUACUAGAGUUGGCUUAUAAUCACUUUACUGGUUAUCUUCCUCGUUACAUUUGUCAAAGUGGAUCACUUACCCACUUUUCUGUUGGUGAGAACAAUUUGCUUGGUCAUAUCCUCCAAGAUUUGAGGGAUUGCAAAAGCUUAAUUAGAGUUCGCCUCGAAAAGAACCAAUUUAUUGGAAACAUUUCUGAAGAUUUUGGUGUCUAUCCAAAUCUUACUUUCAUAGAUCUUAGUCACAACAAAUUUUAUGGUGAAAUCUCAUCUACUUGGGGAAGGUGCUCUCGCUUAGGUACUUUAAAUGUCUCUGGAAACAAUAUUACUGGGAGUAUUGUGCCACAAAUUCAAAAUUCGAUCAAAUUACAUGAACUUGACCUUUCUUCAAAUCAUUUAAUUGGAGAGAUUCCAAAGGAACUUACAAAGUUGACUUCUCUUAACAAGCUCGUUUUAACGGGGAAUCAACUUUCUGGAGGUAUACCUAGUGAAGUUGGUCUACUCACAGAACUUGAAUACCUUGACUUGUCCAUAAAUAGAUUAGGCAAGUCAAUCCCAGGGGAAUUAGGGAACCUGUCAAGAUUGCACUACUUGAAUUUGAGAAACAAUCAGUUUAGUCUCGAAAUUCCAUUUCAAUUGGGUGAUUUGAUUCAACUCUCGGAACUAGACUUGAGUCACAAUUCACUCGAAGGAGAGAUACCGUCUCAGAUUUGUAAAAUGGAGAGUUUAGAAUAUCUAAAUCUUUCCUGCAAUAACCUUUCUGGUUUCAUCCCAAGUUGUUUUGAAGAUAUGCAUGGAUUGUCACGCAUUGACAUAUCUUAUAAUGGGUUACAUGGUCCAAUUCCUAACAAUAAAGCAUUUCGAGAUGCUCCAAUUGAAGCAUUACAAGGGAAUAAAGGAUUGUGUGGCAAUGUUAUUGGAUUGACACCUUGCAAUAACAGUCUCACUUCACAAAAGCACGUCCUAGGAAAGAGGUUGGUAAUUUCCUUUGUUACAUUGGGAGCACUUGCUCUUCUAAUUGUUGUGACAAUAAUGUUCUUUUGUUUUCAGAGAAAGAAACAAGAGUUACCGAAAGAACAUAGACAGUUGAAUAAGGAUAAAUUUCUUUCGGUAUUAAAUUUUGAUGGAAAAACAAUGUUUGAAGAAAUUGUAAGUGCAACAGAGAAUUUUGAUGCCAAGUAUUGCAUCGGGAGUGGUGGGUCUGGCAGUGUUUACAGAGCACAAGUUCUAUCAGGGGUUAUUUUUGCAAUAAAGAAAUUUCACUCAUUUCAUCUUGAUGAGGUAGAUGACCAAAAAGAGUUUUUGAAUGAAAUAAGGGCAUUAACGGAGAUACGACAUCGAAAUAUUGUAAAAUUUUUUGGUUUUUGUGUACAUUCUCAACACUUUCUUUUAGUUUAUGAGUAUCUUGAAAAAGGUAGCUUGGUUACAUUCUUGAAUAAUGAAGCUACAGCAAAAGAAUUGGAUUGGGGUAAAAGAGUAAAUAUCUUAAAAGGUGUGGCUAAAGCCUUGUCGUACCUCCACGAUGGUUGCUCCCUACCAAUAGUCCAUCGAGACAUAUCAACCAAAAAUGUGUUGUUAGAUUCAGAAUAUGAAGCUCAUGUUUCAGACUUUGGAAUUGCAAAAUUUCUCAAGCCAGACUCAUCCAAUUGGACACAACUUGCAGGCACAUAUGGAUACAUUGCACCAGAACUGGCUUACACGACGAAAGUAACUGAGAAAUGCGAUGUAUAUAGCUUUGGAGUGUUAGCAUUAGAAGUGAUAAAAGGAAAUCAUCCUGGCGAUAUCAUUCCUUCUCUAUCCUCUUCUUUCACUUGGGAGAACAUGUUGUUGAACAAUAUUUCGGAUCCACGUCUUCCACUUCCUUCGCCUGCUGUUCAAGAUCACCUAAUGGUAGUCAUAAAGCUAGCAAUUGAUUGCUUGGGUGACAACCCAAAAUACAGGCCAACCAUGGACGCGGUUUCUCGUAUGUUUUGAACUACAACAUAUCAUUAUUAAUACUUAGUAGAAUGUCUUCUACAAUAGA